UAAGUUUUUCAGUCAUUGUGAUAGAAGCAAGUCAUACUUGAUAUCCGCUCCUCGAUUACUAAUGUCCUUCCUUUCCCGAACUCUUCAAAUCGGUCGACACUUAUUCUCAUCCUCACGUCCUUCCACUUCUACAAUGACUGAAAAAGCCACAUUUGCUGCCGGAUGCUUCUGGGGUGUAGAGCAUCUCUACAAUAAGCACUUUAAGAAAGACGGCAUUGAAACCCGAGUAGGCUAUAUAGGUGGUCACACCGAUAAUCCCACCUAUAAGGAGGUUUGCACCAGCAACACCGAUCACGCUGAAGCCGUGGAAAUCAGCUUUGAUCCGAAGCGAGUGUCUUAUGACACACUUGUAGAAUUUUUCUAUAGAAUUCAUGAUGCUACCACCGUCAAUGCUCAAGGUCCUGAUGUUGGUUCACAGUAUCGUUCCGCUAUCUUUUAUCAUUCUCCAGACCAGAAAGCUGUUGCCGAAAAGGUCACCCAAGAAGUCCAGGAAAAGCAUUACAAGGAUAAAAAAAUCGUUACCAAGAUUGAGCCAGCCAGCACUUUUUACGAUGCUGAGACGUAUCACCAGCUUUAUUUGGAAAAGAAUCCUAGUGGCUAUACUUGCCCCACUCACUUCUUGCGUUGGUAAAGGGUUUGCAACCGGUCUGCCGUAAAGUGAUCGCAAAAGAAAGACAGAUCAUGUUUGACGGUGAACGCUUGCUCUAAAUGAGUGAAUCAUUAAAGCAUGUAUAUAACAUUGGAUGUAUUGGGACAUAGAUGUUGGCAGUAUAGACAUAUACGGGAAUCACAUUUGAAAAGUUAAAAACGUCCGUCGAUUCCUUGAA